GCAGCCUGUCAGUGUUUGUUGUCACUUGUUUGGAGAAGCGCAUGAGGAGCAGUCAGAAUGGAUUUCAAUCUGUCGUCAGCUUUAGAUAAGAAUGAAGAGGUGGUGAAGAGUGAGGAGGCUCAGAAGGAUGAGUUUAGUUGGCCCUGGAACAAGAACAAGGAUAAGGAUAAGAGCGACAGUAAGGACAAGUCUGGAAGUAAGGACAAGUCUGGAAGUAAGCACAAGUCUGGAAGUAAGCACAAGUCUGACAAGAAGCAUAAGUCUGACAGCAAGGAUAAGAGCAAAGAUGGCGACAAGAAAGACAAGAAGAAAAAGAACAAGGACGGAGGAUCAAGCGCUUCAUCCUCAUCUUCCUCAUCCUCCUCCAGCAGUGAUGAGGACUGAUGCUUCCUGGGGGCCAGGACUGCUCUGUUAGUCUCUUAUGAUCUUGUCCAUUGACAAAGUGAGUGUGUGUGUGUGUGUGUGUGUGUGUGUGUGUGUGUGUGUGUGUGUGUGUGCAAUUGUACCAACUUUUCUUCUUGUCUCGUCACUGGUGUCACAGAAACAUAAUGGUUUUGUGUAAACAAAUCUGCUAAUUCCUAGAAGUAAAUGUUCCGACAACAAACCAAGCAACUGCAGGUUCUCUGUUCGUCAAAAUUCUCCUGUCAAGUAAUGUGUGUUUUCUUCACCACUAGAUGGCAGUGUUCUACAUUUUUAAGGUCAGUCAAAGUUUAAGAUGAAAGGAGUCUUAUUUUUAGGAUUUAAACUUUUAAAAUACAAAGAAAAUAUAGACAACGUGACAUUUGCAAACAUUGUGUACAUGCAGAAAAGCACCAAACUUGUUGAAAUGACAAAAAUAAAAAAUAUGUUCUAUUUAGAAAAAGAAUAAAUAAACAAAAGGGCAAUUAUUGUUUUGUCUUUUAGGCACUUUGUAUGGAUAAGAGUCAAGUAGUUUGAUGGCUCAUGUGAAAUUAAACUAUUCAAAAAUGGAAAACCUUGUUCCUCAGUGAAAGUGUAAUGCAGCUGCAGAGUUCUCGGUUUGACCUGAAGUGACAAUAUCAGCAGGUGCCAGUGGACCAGAGGUGAAGAAGUAUUCAGAUCCUUUACUUAAAUAAGAGUAACAAUGUAAAAAUACUUGACUACAAGUUAAAGUAUUCUCAGCAAAAUGUACUUAAGUAUGAAGUAAAACUUGUUAUGCAGAAGGACUGUG